AUGAUGUCAACCCCAUACGAGGCCCGCAAUGUUGGCGACGGCAAGUCGAAGAAGCAGAGCAUGGCCGAGCUCAAGCUGAGGCGGUUGACGGAGCUGAACACGAGGCUGAAGGAGGAUCUCAACCGCUCCCGGAUACCUGUGUCGGAGGCCGCGCAGGACUUGAUCAACUUCACGGACAAGGAGCCCAAGGAUUUCAUGGUACCGUCGAGAUGGGGAACGGUCGACAAGCGUGAUGACCCGUAUGCGCCACAACAAUCGAACGGCUGCUGCAUCGUUAUGUAG